AUGUACUUGAAUGGAGGUAGUAGAAAUCGAGGAGGUCUAUUGAAUCUUGGUGGUGCUGGCGGACGACCUUCAUCAAGCCGUGAAGAUUUCAGAGGAGGCACAUCAUCUACUGUCCGUAUGCGCUCCCGCAGUCUCUCCGAUUUAAGUGGCAUGUUUGGACCGAGUAGUCGAACACGACCAGACCUGUCAGGUGGUUUAGUCAGGUCGAAUCAUGUAGAUUUGUUGGAUGCACCACGGGGGUUUGCAUCUAGGACGAGGCGAACUUCCAGUUCUUGGAGUGCGCUUGGUCAGCAGGAAGAGGCCAGGAAAGCUUACUAUGCUC